GGUGAUAGAUACCGAGAAAGGUUCCUUUUCUCUCUCUCUCUCUCUCUCUCUCUCUCUCUGCAAAAUCGUUUCGUAUGGAUCAUCGUACAUCGUCAUAAGAAGGAUCGAUCUGGCGCUAGCUGUACCGACUCAGCGGAUCCCUAUUCUAGAAUUCAGAAUUUUGUAGAUUACUUCCAUCAUCUUAGGUGCGUACGUUUUUCCGGGUGAUCGUCCGUCCGUUUGCAAUUAGUGGAAAAAAGUAGAUCUGGGAAUUGUUUAGAAAUUGCUUGUAGAUUUGAUAGCUUCGCACCAGUUUUAGAGGAUUCGUCAGCCAGCCAUGUUCUAUGGCACAGCAGUAUGGGACCCUUGGCUUAUCGUUGGCCAGAUUAUAUGCCUUCAGUGCUCAUUCUAUCUCUCUCUCGGAGUCUUCAUGAUCCUCUUUCUUGGCCUUCGUGUUCCUCGCCUUAGCCUUGUCUACUUCUUCGAUUACGCUACUCUCACUACUUCUACCGUCACCGGUUGGUGUGUCAUUGCCUCUUUCCUCUUCACUUCACUUGCAGGGGCUGUGUACAUGAUAUUUGUGGUGGAGCGAGCACGGAAAUGCCUAGAUUUCUCUGCGACUCUCUAUAUCAUACAUCUCUACUUGUGCAUCCUCAAUGGUGGAUGGCCUUCGUCUAUGGCAUGGUGGGUUGUUAAUGGCACGGGGCUUGCUGUUAUGGCUUUGCUAGCUGAGUACCUUUGCAUUAAACGCGAGCAGCAUGAGAUUCCUAUGGAUCGUUUCCAUUCCAGGGUUUGAUGGUUGGUGUAUCAAGAACAAGUGAUGUAUGUACAGAGAUGAGAAUUGGGCACUGAACAAGUUCAGCCAUGUUGGACCACGCUACCUCUGCCUGCAGCUUUUUUUUAGUCACUUUGAAAUUUUUAACACACGUUUCUUUGUUGCAUUUUCAAUUGUAUGGAAAAAAAACAAACAAACACCAUUAGACUCUCGAAUGAAUGUUUUAACGUUGCUUUGUGCGUGAACAGUUUGUUAUCGUCUCAUUCAUUUUUUUUUAUACUGGAUACUUGUCUCCAA